GUUUUUCCUCUGGUGCUAUCUUUCCUCUGGUGCUGCUUUCGUUGUCCUACCUAGUCACACAGCGCCUCUCUCUAAAUCGAGGUCUCUUCAGAAUCUCGAGCUAGGUAUCUACCUUGGCCUCCACGAGCCAGGCCGGGGUAAUUGCUCGGGAUGCCUAGUUGCAACAAUCCUCUUCCACGCACGCACGCAGAUCCCAGAUUCAGAUCGGCGGGAAUGUGGAGCGUUUCUUUCAGCAUCUGUGAGACCACCCCCUUGCUCAGAUUAACACUCCUCGCACCCUUUGCUGCUGAAAAAAGCAGCACUGCACACGACGUCCAUGGCAGGAAGCCCGAUUUCAUCGCGCACCGUGCUGGGGCCGGUCGCGCUGCUCGUCGCAUCCUUGUUUACCGCCUCUCAGGGGUCGAGAAGGCAACUCUCCCGACCUCCCCAUCCUAGGCGGCCCGGAAGGGCGAAUGGUUCCCCAAAUUUCGGGCCGAAGGAACGCGCUCAACUUCAAGGAGGCGCUCCUGGAGGCGGACCAGGAGUACAGGGACCAUGCCGCGAUCCUAUCCAUGGCCGGGGCGCCCGACAUAGUGUUACUGCCGCGAGCUGAGAUACAAUUCGCCACGGACCAGCCCGACACGGUGCUAAACAUGCACGUCAAGGCCACGGAGACGCUGCAGAUCGACUACACGUGCCCCGCGCCGUCGCUCGUGCACAACCCCAUCCACCACAAGCUCAUCGUCAUCACGCUGACCAACCAGACGGGUAACCUGGUGCCCGACGUGGCCGACGAGACGAGCGCGCCUUUGCGCGGCACUGGGGCACCGACACGGCCGCCUUCCGCGAAGCGUGCGUCUACGACACGAUGCGCGACAUCAUCGGCAACCAUGGCCUUUACCCACGCCCUGGCGCUGUCGUCUCAUCUGCUGCGCUUCGUCUGGGAGCCGCUGCGCCCGCUGGCGGCGCUGGUGCUGACGCUGCCAAACCGCAUCCACGCGCGGCGGCACGGGCGCAUCCUGCUGCAGGACGACGCCGUGUACGCCGACGCCGGUUCGUUUCGGCCGUUCCGCUCCGCCGAGCAGCGCGGCGACGAGAGCGUGGCCUACCUCGAGCGCGCCGCCAAGGCCUUUGCCACCACCGGCACUGACUACCUGGCCUUUGGCUACGACCGCAACGCCUGCUCUGGGCGCUUUUUUGCUGCUAGCGAGCUCAAGAUCAUGCUCGCACACGUCUUGCUCUACUACGGCCUCGAGAUGCAGCCCGCCCGCACAACAAGUGAGUCGGCAUCGCAUCCUGCCACCCAUGGAGGCCACCAUCCGCGUCAAAAGGCGGGCGUGAUGGGGACGGUAGCGUGA